AAAUAAAUAUUGAUAUGUCAAAGUCCAACAUAAGAUGAAAAUGAAGUUCCAUUCCAUGUCCUCAUCUCCAUGCUUGUUGUUUGCAAUUCAUUCAACGCGUGGCCAACACAGCAGCUACCAUCGCGUGAAGCCAAGCCAUCCUCUCGCCCCUCUCCCCUUCGGUUCUUCCAAUCCAGCCUCAAUCCUCUCCGAAAAUUUUUUAAAAAAAAAAAUAAAUCGCAAAGCAGAGUAGGGAGAUAAAUUUUCGCGAUGACCGAUCAACCCCGCCUCCUCACCAUCAACAAUCUGCGGACGACGUCUCACCUCAUCAAACAAGCCGCCGCCUCCUUCUCCGCCAAUCCCUUCACCUUUCUCCUUCUCUCCCUCCUCCUCUUCUCCUUCCGUUACUUUGUCGAGAAUGGGACCAUCGUCCUCACCUCCUUCAUCGACCGCGACCCUUCCCUUAAAUCCCUCCUCUCCCGUCUUGACCUCGCUGGCCACCACCUCCAUCCACCACACCACCGCAUUCACCGAUUCCCUCAUCGCCGCCACCGCCGCCCCUUCCUCCACCUCACCCGCGUCGGAACCCUAGAUGAUGACUUCUUCUCCGGCGACGACGACACCGAUCGUUCCCUCUUCGGUCCAAAUCAUAAGCUUCUUCCCAAUGGUACCUCUGUUAUUCUUUACAACUUUGAUUCUGGGUUGGGAUUUUCCGAGUUUGUCAUCGAUAACGGGAUCAAUAUUCCGGAAACUGUUCGUUCUGGGAUUCAAUUUAAGGCGGACAGUCUACCUAUGGAUAGUAGCGAUCGGGAAAGUAGUGAUAAUAGUGACAAUGAAAAGGAAGAGGAAGAGGAAAAUAGAUCGAUGGGUAUAGAGAAGGGUGGAGAGUUGGACCGGAUAGUGGAUUUGCAGUUCUUUAUUAAGGGAUUGGAGCUGGGCCGGCGUGACGCUGCAGCCUUGUUUUUUCUAGUAAGUUUGUUAUCUGUAGCUUAUGGAUGGGUGAUUCUUGGGUUUACUGCUAUAUAUUCGUGGAUAUCGGGGAUAGUUUUUGUUGCUGUUGUUAAUGAUUUGUUGGGGAGGUUUACUUCAUCCGUUGCUGUUGUUUGGAAUGGGUCUAGAUUGGGGCUGAAACGACUAACAGGGUUCAUCCUCAUGAGAUGGGCGGUUAGGGACGCUUUGACUCAGCUUAUAGGGUUGUGGUAUUUCGGUGAAAUUGAGGAUCAAUACUCGUUUUUCAAGCUAUUUGUAAGGUUGAAAUUGAUGCCAUUUUCCAUUAUGUCCCCGUGGAUUCGAGGGUUUGAAAAAGAAAUUUCAGGGUUUUUGCUUACUUGGUUUUUGUUGGAUGCAUUUGUGGCUUUUAUAUUUGCAGUGGAUGCAUGGGUUACAAUUGUGGAUUCAAGGAGGACUGGGAGAGAGAUUGUUAAAGAAGGUUGUUAUCUAAUAUCAACCAUGUUUAACCAGGCUAUCCAAAUAAAAUCUAUGGAGACAAUACUCUGUGGUUCAGCAGCAAGAUGGGUCUUAUCUCGUGUUUUUGGCAAGUUUUUGGCCGCCAUAUUUCAGUCAACUGUGGAGGUUUACUUUAUGGUAGCUUGGUUGAUAUUUUACCUUGCUGCAAGGUGUAAGGAAGCUCAUUCAGAAGGAAGGAGGUUUGGGAGAAGAGAAUUGGAGGGCUUGAUUGAUGGGCGUAGAUGAUAGUCACUGGUAACGACUGAUGAGAGAUAAUAGUUUUCACUUGUAGGCGAAAUCAGCUGUUGCGCUAAAAUAGUGUGCAGUGAUCUUUAAGUGCUUCGUGUGUUCCUUUUUGCAGCUCCAGUUAGCACUGUCAGUGGUAGGUGUAGUCAACAGCAAUGUGUUGUAUGUACCUCUAUCGUGAGGCAAUGUACUACUUGUGCAUAUUUUCCACGAUAAUGCUUCAUGUGUAUAGUUUGUUCUGAUUAUUGUUCUAAAUCCCUUGCAAUAUCUAUUCUGUUAUUUAUGACGAUGUAGAUUGAGAAAGGUAUUGAUUUAUAUUCUUUUGAGCUUUGUGCUAUUUCAUUUCUGAAUUUUGGGAUUG